AUGAACGCUACCGCGUUGAAUCAAGCGGCCACCGUCCGUGUAUCACAACGUCAGCCGCAAGCCUGCCGAGAAUGCACGAAACGCAAACGCAAAUGCGACAAACAAAAUCCCUGUUCGAGAUGUAAACGCUUAAAUCUGAAGUGCUCGAUAGAAAUUGUGCAGCUUAGACGCAACGCUGUGCAACAUGGGUCAGAAAUUCAGUUUUUGUAUUCGCUUUUGGCAGACCUCGAAUCAUCUCCAUCUGAUCCAGUGCCCGUUGUUGUUCAAAAGAUCAAAAAUCGAAUAUUUCGGCUAGAGACCGGCCAGGAUCCUGCAGAAUCAGAUGUAUCCAACACCCCCACGGCACCACGGGAAUCGAGUACAACCGAGGACCGGGCGCUUGGCAAAGUCUCAAUCGGUCCAACUGACAAUAAUACCUCAAAUCAAAUUGACUCAUCGCUUCUCACGGCUAUUGAGCAUCUCGCUUGGGGUCGUAAUUCUGCUGGAUGCUUUCCUCACAAGACGUGUGCGUGCCAGUAUCGCAAAGACAGUCUCCAGUCAUUAUCAAGCCCUCUUCUAGCCGAUGGACUCAAUCCGGGGCUGAAUUCUUCCUUUCCCAGUACUUCGGAUGCACAGAAGCUGAUCAAGUUCCAUUUAUGCCAUUUGGCUUGGCAUCAUAAUUGCAUUCAUGGUCCAACAUUUCUCGAGCAGUGCGAAUUAUUCUGGGAAUCUGGGAAGUUUGAUGAUCCUCUCUGGCAAGCGCUCUACUUUUCUGUCUUGACUUCCACCGUCAGCUCAAUCCAGGAUAGUGCAAAAGUAAGAGAGCUUGUUGAUGUCGACCUGCAGGCAAUACAAUCUUCACAUCAGCUGUUUUCUGCUAUGGUGCAGACCCUCUACAACUCAAAUUUUCUCAGCAAUCUCUCCAUAUACUCUGUUCAAGCAAUCGUCAUAUCGACCGAGGUAGCCCAUAAUCUUGGCUUGAGUCAGCUGAACGCGACUUUGUUCAAUGCUGCAGUACGAAUUGCUGAGUGCCUUGGGAUCCACAAGAUUCAGGAUCAAUCAACGAAACCUGCUCAGAGUAAAGAAGAAUGGGAUGAGAGGGUGGAACGAGAAGUAGGAAAGAGAUUAUGGUGCCAAAUGGUCAUCCAGGACCAUUUCGCCAUUCCCUUUACCGACACCUACAGUAUCUCUCCGAUGCAUUUCUCGACAGGGCGCCCCAUGAACGCAGACGACUAUGACUUGACGGAUAUGCCUAUCACAUCUCCCACCAUAAGCACUUACAUCCGCGUGCUUGUGAACCUGGCAGAAUUGAUGCCCGGUCUAGUUGACGGACUCGGUCCAAUGAAAUCCAGAAAGCCAAUGCGACAACAAUACGAGCACAUUCUGCAUAUAGACCAAAGAAUGAGAGCUGUUGUGAAAAACAUACCCCCCUUCCUUUUACGUGCGGAUAAAAUAAAGGAAGCGCAAAUCCCAUGGCUUGCUAUCGCUCGACGAAGUCUCGCCAUCACUGCAGCUGAGAAGAUUAUCAUGAUCCAUCGGCCGUUUCUCUUCCGUUCAUUCCAUGACCCGACAUAUACCUACUCAAGGCGUACCUGUGUUGCUGCCGCAAUGACAAUUCUGCGUGAGCACGAGGUAAUUGUGAGAGAAGGUGAUAUAUCGAUAUGGACCCAUACAGCCUUUGCGAUUACCGCCGCAGUCAUUAUGUGCUUUGAAGUUAAUGCAACUGCAGAGAAUCAGGUCACUACUGCCCAAAGCCACAGGGAUGCAAUAGUCGCGGCUCGUACCCGCCUUGCUGAUCGAACUAAUGAUGUGCUUGCUCAGCGAGGUGUGGCUUUGAUCGAUGCAAUUUUUACUGCCGAUACAGGCUUGGGUUCCGGCAAUAAAAUGAUUGACUUUGGUCAAAUUUUGGCUAAGUUCUCGACUUUUACGAGAAUGAAUCUAGGUCCUGACACCCCUGACACAUCAGUUAGCAGAUUCUCGAAUGCUGAUUCUCAGGAUGUGAUCGGUGCACAUUUUAACGAAAUGCAACCAGCGUGGGAUACAGCGGAAGAUAUCGAUUUUGAUGCAUGGUUCAAUGGAACAUUCCAUACUCUAAACGAUCCUCUGCAGUUUUGA